UGACGUCAUUUUCGUAGCAACCUUUAACCGGAAAUUGAAAGCUAUUGAUUACAAAAAGUGUUUGUGCGGUCAAUAUGAAAACACUAUUCCAAUACGUCGUACAGCUAAAUGAAGCAAUGCAAUGAACAACAAGGGCACAUAACCACAGCACUACUCUCAAAACUAUCAGCAUGACUUACGUCACCCUUGAUGCCAAAUUCUUCAUCCACGUCUUCAUUGGUUUCGCCAUCACUUCUCUGAUGUUGUCAGCUGUGUUGAUUUAUGAGGUCAAUAGAGUAUCUAAAGUUCGUGGAAAAUUUUGGCAGAAAAUAAACUUACGUAGCAGCGUAGAUGACCUUUGGUCAAAUGAUCCGGACCUGAUGGACGGUGUGGCCUUGUUGCGGGGCAAGCGAGAGGAAGGGUCCAGUUAUGGCGUGACUUUGACCCAGAUCACUUACAAUGACUCCUGUUUCGGGUUCCUGUGGUCCAAGUUCCAUGUAGAGGACAUUGUGAAAUAUGCUGUUCAAGUAACGAACGUUAGGUACCCCGAUUUGACCGAGAAGGAGGAGGUCAUCGGUGGCGUCAGUACGGAAUACAAACUGUGCGGCCUCAAUGUGAGCACACCUUACCACAUCAACUUGACCGCCAUUGGAAAGAACCCCGGGGCCAUGGAAUCCGCCUUCGGAAUCAUGUGGACCACGCAUGAAGUACCACCACCACCGGCGCCCAUCAAGGUGUUGGACGUUGGUGAAAGAACUAUUACGAUAACCAUUCCGGAGGUUGUUCUGACCAAAGGUCCUCUCACCAAUGUGGAGGUACGCCUCAUCCUAAGGGCCAAGAUUCCCCCGCCUCCUGUGAAGGACAACCCUUGGACCAAUUAUUUGUCAAGAGAGAAACGAAGCAAUGAAAGAAGGAGCCCUGCCAAUGUCACCUCGCGCUUGGCCGAGGUUCCCUUCUAUCUACUUGCACUGCACCUGGCUGGAAGAGGCGAGGCCGAAAAUGAAACAGAUAGAUACGAAUAUGAUAGAAGUAGUAAGAGGGGCAACCAGACACGGCAUGGCGUUCCUUCAGGUCUCUCACCGAAUGCAAAAGACAUUUUAGAAGAGAAUGCAUCGCCAAGUGAAGAUGAGGAAGAUGUUUUGCUUGAAAAACUAACACAGACUCUACACCGGGCGGUGUUGAUUACUCAACUGCCCAACAACGUCUCUUCUGACGUAACUUUCGAUAACUUUGUCAAAUCGAAUAGCUUGUUGAGGAACAUGCUUCUUGAAGACUCCGUCAGCUCAUCAGACUCCAACAAGACAUCUCAGUCUGAAAGACAUGGGCUACUACCAAAUCUUUUAGAACCUGGACCUGAACUAAACAUAUCUGAGCUAUUAAACAACAGUCAGUUGUCAACAUCGUCAAAUGAAGACCUGUUCAAUUAUUUGGUUAAGCUAUUAGCGAUUGUAUUGGCUCAAGCAGAUGACAAAGAACUCAAUGAAUCAAAUAUCGUUGCCAACUCUUCUAAACAUGAUUCAAACAAAAUGUUGAAUCUACUAUUACCGUCUAUCAUUUCUGAACCAGAAGGUGCGAAUGAAAAUGUGUCGGUGGCGUUGGGCGCCACACCAAGCAGUCAAGGCAGCAUGCAAGGGGGUUUGGUUUCUUCUUACAUCAGAGGGAAACGUAGCUCUGAUUCAGAAACUAUAAGAAAACUUCGACACUCAGAAGAGCACGAUAAGCUAGCGAUAGAUCCUUACCAGUCCUUAAACAUUACUACUGUCAAUGGGAGCGAUCCAGUUGUUAUGAAAAAUGGGCAUGGGUUUUUUAUCACUGACCACUAUGGCGUCCGGUAUCCUUACUUCAACAAUACAAAACUUAGCCAGAUUUUGUUACGAAUGAGACGUUACCAGGAAGCCAAUGACUUUCUCUUGUUUGGGCAACCUAUUCUAAUGAACAUGACCCAGCUCACAGAGAAAGACUUUGGUACCAUCAAAACGAGGCUGAACAAGAUCAUGGAGACCAACCGGAAACGGAGAGAUGACAUCUUCCUGCGCAUGUUUGAAGAUUUCAUUUGGCUGCGAGAGAAUAAGCAAGUGUCUCGAAGAAGUAUACCAGACUCUGCAAAGCUUGGACUGCCCCCUGGCUACACCAUCGCCCAGUUCCCAGACGGGCAGACCAGAAACAUUACACUUGGUAGCAGAGAGGAAUAUGGAGGCAUACCAAACCCACCGCUGGAACGGAGCACAGAGUACGAGAUUGUUUUCGCUGUGAUGAGCACUGUGGCUGACGUCACCAAGCAUUCGUGGAUUUCCGUGAAUGCCACCACCAAACCGGAAAUCCCCAAAGCCAUCUCACCGAUCUUCGUCAUUCUGUCUGGCGCCUUCCUGGCAGUCUGCCUGUUUGUGUUGCUCCUGGGCUGCUUUGUCUUGUGGUUCUCGAAGCGCCCAAGGAAGUCUAGAUACGAUGAUGACCAGUACGACGAUUACAGGCUGCAGUUACCACCAGACUUUGGUUCACAGCCAGCAUCACCAUUAGUUGUGGGUCCCAAAAAGCUGGAGCCCAUGUUGCUAUCUCCUUAUAACCAAGUCUACCCACCCUAUCCUUCGCCACCGCCUUACCCUGUGUUCCCACCUGUCUCGCCGGGGUCCCUCGGCUUCUGGCCGCCGCCUAUGCCCCCUCCACCAAAAGCUCCAGCAGACACAGGCGAGAGCGAAGCAGAGAAGGCGCCGAAGAAGGAAAGAGUCAAGAAGAGGAAGAAGAGAAAGAAGAAGGUGCACACGUCAGAUGAGGGGGAGGAAUCCCCGGAGGAGGAAGACGCCCUACCCAACUACAUCAGGAAAGUGAACAAGCCGGAAGCCCACUGGAACCGGAUCUACGACCCAACCAGCAAGAGGUAUAUCGUGGACAAGAGAAAUCUCGUCAGAGGCGGCGGAGAGGUUGGGCCCGAGGACCACAACAACAUCAGCGAUGACGAUGAAGGUGGGAUUAUGAAAAGUCUCACUUUUAAGGAUGAGUUUGCUCUGCUGACCGAUGGUCAGGAUAUGUCCGGCAACGCUUUAACCGAUUUCAGCAGAUUUCCACACAUCCCUCUGUGUGAACGAACCAGGGUGGUUCUGGCCCCAGACGUCAGCAGCGACAACACCUACAUCCACGCUAACCACAUCGAAGGCUGCGUCAGCGACGGUGUCUCCUACAUUGCAUCCAUGAGUCCAUUUGAUGACGAGACAGUUUUGGACUUUUGGAGAAUGAUCUACCAGUAUAAGAUAGAGACCAUUGUCAUGAUGACUCAUACAGUCGAGGAAGGGAUUGUCAAAUGUGCCGAGUACUGGCCACCAUGUAGUAGCACUGUCCGAACUUUAGGUCAUUACCUACUGCAGACUGUCAGCCAAAAACGUUACGCGGACUACACCAUAAGGGAAAUAGUAUUUAAAAGCCGGGACAGUGCUAAAAGUCAUAAAGUCACUCAGUUCCAGUAUACUGCCUGGUUACCCAAGUGUUGUCCUCAGUGUCCGGUCACAUUGCUGGACAUGAGAUAUUGGGUGAGAAGACACCACGAAUCCCUAUCCACACCUAUUCUUGUUCACUGUGGCACAGGAGUGUCCAGGACGGCUGUCUUCAUUGCUAUAGACGCCUUGAUUGAUCAAUACGAAGUGGAGGAUGGAGUUAAUGUCUUCAAUUUCGUCAGCAAAAUGAGAAGAGACCGCCCUAUGAUGAUUCGUUGCUUAGAGCACUAUGUAUUUAUAUACACGGCUUUACAAGACGAAUAUGAGGCUGGGGAUACAAACAUAGAACUUGCAUACGGAAUCCAGAACGCGAUGAUACAGUUAAGUCAGAUAAACCCGAAAAGUGGGCAGUCUUAUAUUGAGGACCAGUACGAGCUUCUGAACCUCUUCACUCUCGACUUUCUCUCUGACGAUGUGAACAUUGCCCGAUUGCUGGACAACCGAUAUUCUCAGAUAUCACCAUUCACAAGUAAUAUCAACUCACUGAAUCCAAUAUUUAUUGACGGUCUCAGAAACCAAAACCAGUUUGUUUUAAUGAAUUCCCCAACUGACGAAGAGAUUACAGACUUUUGGCAUUUCGUUUGCCAACAUAACAUAGUCACUAUCGUGCAAUUUGGCAAAGAUGUUUCUGCUGUACGACAAAAGAAAUCUGGCAAACGCGAUGAAAUCGGCGCGCCAAAGAUGUCCAAAUUUAUCGGAAAAUACGUAGCCGAAUCUGUGGCAGUGAAUAAGCAAGAUGUGACAUUAUUGAGAGACAUACUCUUAGAAGAGACGACCAACUCAGGAAAAGUGAAUAAGAGAAAGAUAAGACACUUUUCUGUCCCAUUUCGUCAUGUCGUAUGCGACCACAAAAAUCAAAGUUCGCUGAGAAAGAAUGACCAUAAGAGCAAACAUAGAAAGAUUUCGUACAGCAAGAGACGCAGCACUAUCAAAGCCACGGGGGUUAACCACGAUUUGGAGUGUUUAGGCGAGAUGUGUAGAUUAUCUCCCACUAAGGUCAGAGGUAAACGCGUUAGCUACGUUGAUGCUAAUAGUUUUUGUUUUCCAGUAAAAAGUAGCUUACAAACAGAACCUCCUGCGCCAUACUGUCGAUAUCGCGAAAUGGAGAAUGAAAAAAGCCGAGCGAAUCGAAUACAAGAUAAAAGAAUGAUAGACAGACAAUGUCGAGAUUAUAAGGACCCAUGUUGUUCUAGGAUAAGUAAAUACGAUGACUCAACUUUUUUGGUGUUAAGAGAUGGGCGACUGGUAAAAAGCUGCCGAAACGAUAAUAAAUCGUAUUAUAAUGGUUCUACUUCCAGGUUAAAUGCUAAAGAACACCAAAGCAAGCACACCUACCACUCUGAAAAGCCCCAGACAGAAAGACGUAGCUUAGCGCAUUAUCGCAGACCAAUUCCAAGAAUACAGUUGCCUAAAGAAGCUCAAAAUUGUUCAGAGCACGGCAACAUAACAUCGCCUCCAAAACAAUCAAAGUGCAACAAAGUCUUAUUGAAAAGUGGCGAGAAAUCGGCGAAGAUACACACUUCCAGGAAGAGGAGAGCGUCCAGAUCGUUAUCAUUUCUAAGCAACGAAAGACGCCACAGACAUACCCGGCAAAAAAAAUCACGUAACACAAAGUCGGCAGCUCACUCGAGGCAUUCCUCUCCAAAGCAGACAAAACCUGCAGAUUUUCUAGGAAAAAUACAACUGCUUCAGAAAAAUAGGUCGAAUUCGAGUCACUUCUCUCCAAAGCAGACGAAACCUGCAGAUGUUCUAGGAAAAAUAAAACUGCUUCAUAAAAAUAGGUCGAAUUUAAGGCACUUCUCUCCAAAGCAGACAAAACCUACAGAUUUUCUAGGAAAAAUAAAACUCUUUCAGAAAAAUAGGUCGAAUUCAUCCAGCAACAGUAAAAGACGCUAUUUACAAAGCUUGAGUAAAAUUACAAAUUUUUUGCACAUAAAAGAGUCGAAACAAUCUAAAUUGAAGAUGUUUCCAAGCUCUGUUGAACAACAGCUCAGCGCAAAGUUGCAUCCAAAAACCAGUAAUGAAACAAAGGAGACGAAUGUUACUAAUUCUGCUCUUAUAAAUAUAGGACCAACAUCAGAAGGAAAUAACGAUGCUUGCUUUGAAAAUUUAGAAAUUUUAAGCAGUUCCAAUGUGCUGAAAUCUUUAACCAAGACUAAAGAUUCUUCUAACUCUGCCUUAAUUACUGUGCUACACUGUAGCUCACCAGAUAUACAUGGAGCAUCUUCUGGAAUGUUGACCCCUUCAAACAAUUUUAACAUGGGUGAAUCUUUAGCACAGAAAGCAUCUAACAAAUAUCUAUUUCAAAAACAGGGCGAAUCUUUUUCAGCAUUGGCUACCAAAUCUGCAAAUCACGAGUUUAGGAAUGAAAGCAAAAAGAAAAAUUUAAUACAGCCAACGAUGUCCAAGAGGAAGAAAACAGCUUUAGCUGCAAGCAGUUCAACUUUCGCUGAGGAUGACUCAAUCGUCUGGUCAAUGUCCUCCAGGAGUCGUGUACAAAUAAACCUCCUGACGAAUUCUAGCGAGAGUCAAAGCACGUCGAGCAUCCGCAAAGACCACAAUGAAAGCGCUCGAAAAAUGUUGGACCGAGAGAGAAAGCGAAGAAAGAAGAGAAAGAGCGAGGCGUUUUUUGAAUCAGACGCCGGGUGUAAGGAUGUGUUGAGUCCGAACCAACUUCUCGAUCUUCACGAGCUCAUAUGGAGAUGGCAAAACCUUCCUCGCGGAAACAUCAGGCAGAAUCCAGAAGCUGGACCCAUCCUUAUCCAUAGUCCGGCCGGAAGUCGAGAAGCCAGCCUCCUUUGCGCCUGCGCGUUGGUGUGCGAACAAGUCCAAGAAGAACAGGAAGUGGACGUGUACCACGUGAUAAAAUACUUGCGACGGAAAUACCCAACAGCUCUUGGAAGCUUUGAAGAGUACGACUUUCUACACAGAGUUCUGUUUCAUUACGUCACAGAGUAUAUGGAUGAGGUCUCGGUGUCUGAGAGAUGGAAGUACAGGAAAAGAGAGGAACAAGUUUAUAGUUCAGUCAUUGAAAACACUCUAAAUCCUAUGUGGUACAACAACGCUACAUACGAAAAAUCUCAUUCGCAAAAGAGUGGCUGUGCUCACUAUGUGCAGGACUUUCUUUCCAUGACUGACCACUUAGAAAGUUCCGCAAAGCAAACAUUAAAAUGCGAAAGGCCCCCACUUGCCGUGCCUCAAAGCACACACACCAUUGAACUGCCCACUCAGUCCAGUGGACACAGCGUAAAUGAGGGUAAGAUAGUCGUCAGCGAAUCCAGGGCCACAGAGGAAGCGGAUGUCAAUGUCACGGGAAGCUACAAGGAUCCUUCCCAAGAAGUUAUGGAACUUUGCUCUCUGCACUCUGACGACGAUGUCGUAACGUGGAGUAAAGACCAAUCUUGUUAAAACUAGCAUUGGUUUACAAUAUUGCAUUAAGACUAUUUAAGACAUUCCAAAGUCUACAUUGAUGAGUAAAAAAAUAUUGGUUGCUAGUGUAGGUGCCUAAGUUAAUAGUCACAAAUUAAAUUUGUUCUACAGUUGUGAUAUUUAAAAAUGACAAAGG